CAGAGACCUGCCCCCAUCCGUUUCCCCUCGUCUUUGAAAGACGGCUUUUGUAAACCUUUAUCCCCCAUUGCUAUUUCGCUUCUUGUCUCUGGACAAAGGAAAAAAAGAGAUAUUAAUACACUCACGUUGUCAAUCUUGAUUACAGCGCUUCUUUUUUUACUUUACCUGAGCAGUCUUCAAUUGCGCCCUUUUGGCUGUGACUCACCACAUACUAUCAAAUUAACAAAAUCUACCAGAAACGACACGGAUAUUCGUCCUAGUUUACCAAAAUGCCCACCAGAGAAGACAUCACCUACUUCGCCUCUGGUCCCGCAUGGCUGCCAACGGACGUGCUGGAGAGUGCCUCGCAAGCCCUUCUCAACUAUAACGAGACUGGCCUGGGUCUCGCCGAACACUCUCAUCGCUCUGCAAUUGCCGACAAGAUCAUCAAUGAGGCUAAGGCGGACUUGGUUGCUUACCUAGACAUCCCCGAUGACUACGAGAUUGUGUUCAUGCAGGGCGGAGGCACUGGCCAGUUCUCUGCUACAGCUUACAACCUUGUAGGUGCCUGGGUCCUCCAGAAGAAGCUUGAGCUUUUUGGUGAUGCUGUCAAGGAUGAUGACUUGGAUGCUGCCAGUGUGCAGAAGCUCCGUGAUGUCGUUGACAAGGACCUCAAGCUUGACUACUUCAUCACUGGCGGUUGGUCUCAAAAGGCAGCCGAAGAAGGAGAGCGUCUCUAUGGCCCGGAGCAUGUCAACAUUGUUGCUGAUGGUCGCAACGAAGUUGGUGGCAAGUACACUGCUAUUCCCGACGAGAGCACGUGGAAGCUUUCCAAAAGCUCUGCUAUUGUAUACCUCUGCGAGAACGAAACCGUCCACGGAAUAGAAUUUCCUGCUUUCCCCAAAUCCCUUGAGCCUGGACCUGAUGGCAAGGGCCCCAUUGUUGUUGGUGACAUGUCUUCCAACAUCUUGACUCGCCGCAUCCCUGUCCGCAACUACUCCGUCAUCUUCUUCGGCGCCCAGAAGAACCUUGGUACCACUGGUAUUACUGUUGCUAUUGUGAAGAAGAGCCUGCUUCCUCAGCCUUCUGCCUCUCUUAUGCGCAAGCUGGGGCUUGCCAUUCCUCCCAUCAUGUUCAGCUACGAGACCAUUGCCAAGAACAACAGUUUGUACAACACACUAAGCAUCUUUGAUGUCUACGUCGCCGGUCAAGUCUUGAAGAAGCUUGUUGCUACGUACCCUAACGGUGUGGAGGGCCAAGAGCAGGUCGCUGCCGAAAAGGCCAAGCUGAUCUACGGUGCUCUUGAUGCCUAUCCCGAUGUGUACAAGGUCGUCCCGUCCAAGGAAUACCGCUCACGGAUGAACAUUUGCUUCCGUGUCGUCAAGGGAGGAGACAUUGAUGCUGCCGAGAAGGACUUCCUUGCCAAGGCCAUUGCCAACGGUCUUAUUGGUCUUAAGGGGCAUCGUUCUGUGGGCGGAAUGAGGGCAGGAAACUUUAAUACACUCACAGUCGAAGGAGCCCAAAAGCUGGCUACGUUUUUGGCUGAAUACGCCAAGGCCUAG